GGUGUGCUGGCCCACCAUUCAUUGUGAUGGCGGGAGGUCGAUACGUCGCCAGUGUCGCCGCGCCUUCUGUGGUGCGCGGUCGUAAUUUGCCGGUUGCUAGUUCGCGCCGCUCGUCUGACAUUUGUGAGCACUGCGCAACCGACUGAUAUCGACAGUGAAGCCUUUAUUUAUAAACAAAUUGUAAUUACUUGUGCUUUUAAUAAUUUUAUAACGCCAGUUUCAUUCAUGAUCAAAAGUUUCAAUACUUUGUUUAGUUAUGAUAGUGAAAUUGAAGACGAUACAGUAUAUAUUUGAUGUUUUACGUGAAAGCGCACGUGACGACAGACAGUAUUACAUAAAUAUUAAAUAAUAUGGACACAAAUUUAUUUGUGAGCCGAAUAAUCAAUAGCGUGAAUUACAGAAGAAACAAAUGAAUUGCGCUAAAACUAUCGGAUUUUCGCCAAGUAUUGUCACUUAAUUCUAACAUGGCGGUAGGGCGUAGAAACGUCAGCAUGAUGCGGUUGGGACGCUGCGUCGCCUUCCUCGCUGCCGCAGCAUUCCUCCUGCCUUUCACCAUCCUGCUGAUGGUGGCAGACCAGCAGUACAACCUCACCUACAGCUCCAAACGAGUCUUCUACCAAGAGUAUAUCUUCGAGAAUGGAUCAAGAGAAGAUGGUCUAUUGACUAGAGAUAAGUUUAUGGAAGUGAAUGCCAGAAUGGAAUCUCGAAGGGAAUUCCUGAAGACUGAAUGCAGCAGACUUGGGCUCGAUACUUCCAGUCAUAAAUCUAACGCCUGGGAAUACCUUAUAAAUAGACAAUAUCAUGUUAUAUGGUGUAACAUAUUCAAAGCGGCUUCUACAUCCUGGAUGUACAACUUCAACUUAAUGGCGAACUACUCGGCAGCGUUUUUAGAUAAAACAAAAGAAGUGCCGUUGCAAUUAGCAAGAAGAAAAUACGCGAGACCCACUGCAGAAAUGAUUAAAAAGGCCCAAGGAGAUUCUAUCACAUUCCUCAUAGUACGGCAUCCUUUGGAAAGAUUGGCGUCUGCGUACAAUGAUAAGAUUGUGCACGCGUGGCCGAAGUCUUUCCACGACAAACUCGGACAUAGGAUCGUUAAGAAAUAUAGAAAGCCAGCCGACAAGACACGGACAGAGAAGUAUCCGGUUUUCGAAGAGUUUGUCUCGUACGUGUUGGACGAGGCGAAAGCUAAAAGAUCUCUCGAUAUGCACUGGACGCCGUACACCACAUUCUGCACGCCUUGCAAGUUUAACUUCGAUGUCAUUCUCAAGUUUGAGACGCUAGAUGAGGACCAAAAGUUCCUGAUCCAGUUGGCUCAUCUCCAAGAUAUCGUGAAGCCUGAAUGGCGGAACAGUGGGAAAGGCACCACAGCCACUGUGCAUAUCAUCAGCAAUCUAUACGCGCGGCUCAAUAGACGCCAGCUAGACGGCCUCUACGAUUUAUACAAGGACGACUUCAGACUGUUCGGCUACUCCAUAGACAGCUAUUACGACAUAAUUGACAAAGAAAAAGUAAGCAGCCAUGGAUGAACCGUCAAACAUUCAAUUUGAACGCUUCAAGAUAAUGUAUCAUUAACGCAGCAACGCAUCGAAGGCUGAUGAAUGAAGAAUGAAUUAUUCAUCAAUGGCUGGAAAGACUGAUCGUAACACUCUAAUGAUUGAUGGACAUUUUAUUGAUCUGCCGGCCAAGUGAAAACUUGACCCUUGCGUCAAUUUUCAAAUUUGUUAUCGCUGCAAAUAUAUAUUUUGUGAUAUGGCGUCUCGUAGUUCCGUUUCCGCACUAUAGACAAUAGUCAUAGAGUAAGGAUACCUACUUUUUUAUUAACUGUCAAAUUUCUCUACAUACCUACAAUUUUCUAACACCAUAUAUCUAUGUCAGUCGUUGUGAAAAUAAGAUAAAUGUUUCAGAUAAUAUAUUGAGACGAUAAAGAACAGUUUAAAGUAUCAAUUUUUACUGGUCUAAGUUAUGGCCCCUCAUCAAUCACCUUGUUAGUUUUAAUUAUAAGAGUUAAGAUAACGAAAUUACGAACUGUUGAGCUAAUCAAAAUUAUACGUAGUUGUAAUAGCUGAAUUUAGUUGUUAUUGAAGUAUAGGACAAAAAAUGUAAAUAUUGUUUUAGUUUUAAAAUAAAAUGCAAACAAAAUUCCUUAGUGCUUCCAUUAUAGAAUUAUGGAAUAUUUGUACCUAUAUGAGAAACAAAGUCACUAAGUAGGAUUUUAUAGUUUUAGUUUUUUAACAUUUAAGUUUAAAAAAACAAGUCCUUUUGUUUGUUAGAAACUUUUAUUUUACACAAAAGGGCAAAGAGCCAAUUGGCAUUUUGAAAUAAUAAAAUCAAAAACAUAAUUGUUACCGUUGCAUUUUAUAACUACGAUAUUAUAUUUAUAAUGUGAUAGUUUGAAUCAAAGAGUUUUCAAAGAAUUUUGUUGUUGUUACAUUUGAAAAAGAACAAAGCAUUGUCAAUAUUUAUUUGCACUUAUUUUUACCUAUAUUUAUUUGAAUAAUAAUCAUGAAAUUAAGUUUAUAUUUAAUUUAAUAAUUAUGCCAUAUCUUAUUAAGCGCAGUUAAUUUAUUUGUUGUUAAGAUUGAGCAAUAAGUGAAACUGUUAUAAAUAUAAAUAGUUUAAUAGCAGACUAUACUUAUAUUAUUGUGUAAACAGAACGCGCCAGUUUUGUCUUUUUUUGAAAUAAGCAUGUGUUCUUUGCGCCCCAUUAAAAAAGCAUUCCUAGUAAUUCAAAAUGUAACCAUAGACAUAAAGACCACCUGUAUCUAUGGUAAAUCAAUGUUUUCUUUCACAAACUAUUUAGAUUUUCUUUAACCUUAAUGUAGGCUAGUAAAGAGGAUUUAUUUAAAUCUGUUAACAAGUACAAAAUUUAAUAUUCGUAUUUAUAUACAUAGGUACUUCAUUUAGUUUCUAAGUACCUACCUUAAAAAAUAAUUUAAUUUUUGUAUGAAAGCCAAGUUAUUAAUAAAAUUAUCUGUUCGUAAUCCAUCAGUUAAUAGCAACUAAAUAAAGGUUUGAUUAAUGAAAACAAAUAGUUAAAGUUCUUAAAAUAUACUAAGUAUUAUAGUUCGUACCUGGUUAUGUAGACGUGUUCAUGAUUGCUACAUCGUGACAUCGAGAAGUUGCCUUUACCUUAAAAUUAUAUUCAUAAAUUACUAACGAAAAUGUUAAAUGUGGAUCAAGGAGUCUACCAAAAUGCCAAUAUUUAAAGUAAAAAAGUUGGUGUAAAGAACAAAAAUAGAUUUUUCUACGAACAAAUUGGCACUAGGCUCCUUGCCCAAAAAUGUUUAGGCACUGUUAUUUUUAUCCUAUUAUCUUCAUCCUUGUUGUUUUCCAAAUAAACAAAAAAGACAAAAAAUAAUAAUAAAGUUAUUUAGAUAUAUCAUGUAGUUAGAAGAACUAAAUUCACUAGUCGUAGCUUAACUAUAAGGGCAAGUUUGAUAGACAUCACUUAGUAUAUUUUUGUCUAAGCUAUUUUCUAUCUCUGUCUUGCACUUAUUCAUUACAAUUUAUGUGACAGAGACAAGACUACUUUAAAUCCAUAGUAAGGGACAACUAUCUUACUCUUAACAUUCAGCUUAAGAUUUAUUUAGCGCCACUUACGCCAUCUAUCUUAGAUACCUACAAUCUUAGAAAUCCUAUAACUUAAAUAAUUUGCUCCUAGUGAGGUUUAGUUAGUGAUACAAAUAGUUGAUACGGAAUGAAAUUAGACCAAAAAGUUAUGGCCUACGAAAGUAACUGUAAUGGUGCUAUAGUCCUAUAGUUUUGAUCUCAUAUCUGAAUGUGAGACUCGAAUGCAUGCACAAUCGUUGCUAAUUACGUAAUGCGUUAUAGAUUCCAACGGUAACUGAGUCGGUUGUGUUUAUAAUAAUGUUGAAAGAAUUAUUAUUAGUACUUAGACAAAAAUAAAAAUUG